AUGGAGCAGGCCCAAGCGCUGCUGCUGGGGCUUCUGCUCCUGGCGCCGGCGGAGAGAGCGGCCGAGCCCCUCCGCGAUGCCCUGCGGGAGGAGUUAUUGCUCAGCCCCCUCCCUUCCGGCGACCUGGCCGCGACUUUCCAGUUCCGGACGCGCUGGGACUCCGACCUGCAGCGGGAGGGCGUCUCUCACUACAGGCUAUUCCCUAAGGUUCUGGGACAGCUCAUCUCCAAGUAUUCAGUGCGCGAGUUGCAUCUCUCCCUUACUCAGGGCUUCUGGCGAACACGGAGUUGGGGGCAGCCAUACUUGCAAGCUCCUGCUGGAGCUGAACUCUGGGUCUGGUUUCAAGAGUCUGUUGCUGAUGUCGACAAGGCUUGGAAAGAUCUCAGUAACAUUCUCUCAGGGAUAUUCUGUGCCUCUCUGAACUUCAUUGAUUCCACCAACACAGUAAUUCCAACAGCAUCCUUCAAACCUCUGGGAUUGGCUAAUGUUACAGAUCAUCGCUUCCUACGCUACGCUGUCCUGCCUCGUGAAGUUGUCUGCACUGAGAAUCUCACACCCUGGAAGAAGCUAUUGCCCUGCAGUUCAAAGGCUGGCCUGGCUGUGUUGCUGAAGGCUGAGCGCCUCUUCCACAGCAGCUAUCAUUCGCAAGCUGUGCACAUCCGUCCCAUCUGCAGGGAUGCUGCUUGCCUAAGCACUUCGUGGGAACUCAGACAGACCCUCACAGUUGUUUUCGACAGCUUUGCCUCCGGUCAAGGGAAAAGAGACUGGACCCUUUUAAAGAUUUUCUCUCGCACUCUUACUGAAGCGUGUCCCCUGGCGUCUCAAAGCAAGAUCUAUGUUGACAUUUCAAGCAAAGGCCAGGAGAACGAGUCACUAGAGGUUUUUCCAGCUCCCCAGUCUGUACAUGAAGCAUCUGUCCUAGGAAGCCGAAGGACCUAUGCAGUCUACGACCUCCUGGACCCAGGACUCUUUAAUGUGUCUCGCAGCCUCAACAUGCAGCUGAAAUGGAAGCGGCCACAAGAUGGCUUGGAUCUGGCAGCACCUGUGCUCCACGCUCAGCGCUACGUGAGCGGCUACGGCCUUCAGACCGGAGAGAUCAGCACUAUUGUCUAUAAUGCACACCCAUACCGGGCUUUCCCUGUGCUGUUGCUGGAGACGGUGCCCUGGUACCUGCGGCUCUACAUUCAUACGCUGACCAUUAUCACAAAGGGAAAGGAAAACAAACCUAGUUAUAUCCACUAUCAGCCCGCUCAGGACCGGCGGCACCCUCAUCUCCUAGAGAUGCUGAUUCAGCUGCCGGCAAACUCCGUCACAAAGAUCAACAUCCAGUUUGAGCGGGCCUUGCUGAAGUGGACAGAAUACACACCUGACCCCAACCAUGGCUUUUAUGUGAGUCCAUCUGUCCUGAGUGCCCUGGUGCCGAGCGUUAUUGCCAUGAAGGAGGAAGACAAAGAGCUGAGUCCCCUCUUUGCUUCGCUGUUUCCUUCCUUGGAUGGCUCCAGCUACUUCGUACGCCUCUACACAGAACCGCUGCUGGUGAACCUACCGACGCCAGACUUCAGCAUGCCGUAUAAUGUCAUCUGCCUGACCUGUACCGUGGUGGCCGUGUGCUAUGGUUCCUUUUAUAACCUCCUCACCAGAACGUUCCAUGUGGAAGAUCCCAGCAAGGGAGGACUAGCCAAGCGCCUGGCAAACAUAAUCCGUAAAUUGAGGGGUGUCCCUCCUCUUUGAAGGUGGCUAGCACAGCCACCUUUUGAGAACCCUGCCGCCAGGACUUGUGGGGGAUGAGGCUGGG